CAGAACUCUUCAGCAUCCAUCCAGUCAACUGAAGUUUGGAGCUGACGCCGGCUGGUGUUCAUUGUGCUGCUGGUGCGCAGAAAAGAAAACACGGAGGAGGAAAAAUAGUUUCUCGGUCUGGACGACUGCUGGGUUAUAAGGACGGGCAAGAUGUUGCAGAGGUAGAACAUAUUCAACAGUUGGCGUUUACCUUUUGCAUCAGGACAAGUAGAGUACCACUCUUCCUCCUCCCUGUUAAAUGAGCGAUGAAGAAGAUGGUGAUCCAGGCCUCCUGUAGGAAAGGUCUGCAUGUGUGUUUACUCCUGAUGAUGGUGGGAAGACUACAGGAUGUUUCAGGCAGGGUAACAGCACCCGAGCGUCUGGAAGCUCCAGUGGAGAAGCCCUUCACUCUGAUGUGCAGUGUUUCUAGGGAACGAGGGGAGUCUCUAAGGCAGGUGCGUUGGUUGGAUGCCCAGAACAAGACCCUGCUGAGCUACCAACCUGGCAACAGAGACAGUGUGAGUGGACAGCAGUAUGUGGAGCUCGCCCCUUCCCCGAAAGACACCUCGGCUAUCACCAUCCGCAGGGUGGGCUUCCGUGAUGAAGGCUGCUACACCUGCAUCUUUGACAUGCAUCCUUCCGGUUCAAAGCAGGGACAGACUUGCCUCACUGUUACCUCACAAGUCACCGUUGAAAGCAACAAGACAGCAGUGAGUGGCAAGAAGGCCUCCUUCAUGUGCUCCUACGGUUUGCCUGAAAAGGUGCAGCAGAUUAUAUGGAGACACAAUUCUGCACAAGGAGAAUCCACAGAGGUGGCCUCCUUUGCAAAGCGGAGCGACCCCAUGAUAGAGCCUACGUUCCAGGGGAGAGUCUGGCUGAGUGCCUCCCUGUCCCACAGUGAGCUCACCAUCCAGCCUGUCACCAUCCAGGAUGAGGGCUGCUACACGUGUCUGUACAACACACAUCCCGACGGACCGAAGACCUCCACGGUUUGCCUCGCCAUCUAUGUCCUGCCAAAACCUCAGGUGAGCUACAAGACCACCUCGCCAGGUGUAAUCGAAGCCAAUUGCACCUCAGUGUCACGCCCCCCGACAGAGAUAGUUUGGAACGUGGAGAGGGAUAACAGAACCAUGGGCCCCCCUGUGACGACACAGCUUCCACAGAGCGAUGGGACCACUCUGGUCAUCAGUACGCUGACUGUCCAAUCUGGGCUGCUGAAAGACGUGUCCAUCAAAUGCUUGGUCCACCACAAAGGGCUUGAGUCACCAAUUGCUGUAUCCAUGAACACUAAAAUUGGGACGGCUCUCACCAUCCUGAUCUCAGUCACUACAGUGGCUGCCCUGUUGGUCAUGUCCCUCUGCUUCUGCCUUUGGAAGUGUUUCUUGCGCAAAGAAGCUGAUUAAUCUCUCAGAUGAGACCAGAGGCUAAAAAGAAGAGGCAGUGCUUCUCAGAGCCGACCUUGCAGAAUUGUUUCACUGUGUCAUCAUCAUCAUCCUCAUCAUCAUCUUGGUAAGAAGGGAAGAUGUUCUGACACACCUCUAUACAGUAGGAUGUCGAAUACAAUCCUAUUGAGGGACGCCAACAAUACCACGACAUUCAUCUCUGCUCUUCUUCCUCAGCAUCUGACUUUUAUAUAAUCUCCAGGCUGUCUUCACAUGGAAUCAGUGAGGAAAUGUUGAGCGGUCCAUGUUUUUCUUUCUGGCUCUGUAAUUGAUUGAGGCGAUGGACACACGUUUUUGCAACACACAGCAGAGUCACUGUAUGACAAAUUAAAGUACAGUGGUUUUGCUGUUACAACAUA